GCAGACAGUGGUAGCAAAGCAAAAGCAAAGCAGAAGAGUAAAAAGCAACUUGAAAAGCUUCAUUUGGCGUGGAACAGUUGUACGGGCAGGUUACGUUGCGUUCGUUCAAUCUUGCCGUUGUGCUUUUUCCAGAGCGGGUUCCCGAAAUAGAAUCACUUCCAGAGAUCCAAUAAUUUCCAUUUAAAGCAUGUCCGUACCGUCAAGGGGCGUGGCUUUGCCCUUUCGCUUUUCGGACGAGCGCACGCUCAAGUUCGUGGAGCUGUAUGGCCGAGAACCGUGCUUGUGGAACAAACGUCCUUACUUGCGGCGAGCACGGAACGCCGCCUAUAGGCGCAUCCAGGCGGGGAUCAAUGCCGAUACGGAGCCGAUGGAAUCACUGAUCACCAUACAGGGCAUCAGGAUAAAGAUCAAGAACCUUCGCACUAGCUACCACCAGGAGCUGAAGAAGAUCCGUACCAUUCCGGGCUAUUCGCCCAAAGCUCCAUGGUUUUCCCCGCUUCACAAGUUUCUCUAUGAAUUCGUUGAUACGGCUGAGAAAACUACUCCGUCCGCUCCCCCGCUGAAGCGCUUGCAGAUUCGCCUGACCAGACUUAAGUCAAUUAAGCAGCAGAACGAGAUUAAACCGGAUCCGGAAGAGAUGGAUUCUUCAGAGACGCCGCCGGUGCCACCAAAUCCCUCUCUUUUUACUAUCCUACCCCAACCCAUGAUCAUGGAGCAACUACAAACCCCUCCGCCUUCAUUGGACAAGAUAGCCGAGCUUAACCCCGGCCCAGCUACUGUUCAGAUGCCACAUCCUAUAUCAGUAGCCAGCGGCUCCAUGUCGGAAAAGAAUGAAGCCAUGGGAGUAGGACUUGGACCUGUGGCUGGUUUGGGACAAGGAACAGGACUUGGUAUGGGAAUGGGCUUGGGAAUGCGUAGCGAGGAUGAGUUCACUUUCUUCGGCUUGAGCGUUGCGGCCCAGAUUCGUAAUAUGCCCUUGGAUAAUGCGAUGGUAAUUCAAUCAAAGAUCCAGUAUAUGAUAUCAAUGGAACGUCGUAAGAUUAAUGGUCACUCCAACGUAGUAGAUAUGUUUAACUAACAAAAGCAAACGAAAUUAGCUUGAACUUCCAGGAACUGAAAUUUGAAGCUCAACAUCUGAUAAGAUAUAUGAAUGUAGAAUUGAAGAAAGUGAUCUAUGAAAACAAUCAAGUCUUCUAAUGAUAUUCCUUAAUCGUUGUGGUUGUUCUUCAAGUACUUCAAAAACUGAUCUGGAAAUCAGACUAUGUUUAAGAGGCCAUUCAAUUUACUGGGCUAAGCUUCCAAGCUUAUUGUUUUUUGAGUAUUUUUAAUUUUAGGGUAUUAAAACUCAAGUCUAAGAUUAAAAUGAAUACAUAUCUCGUAUUUUGUAUAAGUUGCUGUUGAAAUAAAUAAUCAUAAAUAACUGAGUUAUUUAAAUGAAAA